AUGGCCUACUUCGAUACCAUCAAGCAGAAUUUGCAGCCGCCUGACGCCGUAUUCGAGGUGUCAGAGGCCAGCAUAUCGGACGAAAGCAUGUCGGACGACGUGAUCUUGGAGGAGUUGAACCCGGCGAGUGUCAAAUUCGCUGUUGCUGUCAAAAGGCGCAGCCAGGGGCCGAAAAUCAAGACGAGAGAUGGCACCGAAGUCAACACUGACAAAGCCAGAUGGGAACCAGCGCAAUGCAUGGUGGAUGGGACGAUGGUCAAGGGCUUCAAAUAUGUUGGUAACUCGGGGACAGUCUAUUUUUCCACGAAUGUCAACAACUACUUCAAGUCUGAGAGUACGUUUACUCGUGUAUCCGGGGAAUUGUUAUCAAUUAGCUUCGUUAUAGUCAUCACCAUUUGUGUUGCUGUCGCCCAAACCUCCAAUGUGUCCCCACGAGAGCAAACCGUCCAUUGCCCAUCGUCGCAAGCGGACGAUUCGGCCGUGCCCGAGACGCUCAGUGGCUGA